GAUGGUAAAACAUCCACCGGUAGUCAAAAGGAUUUGUCCAAGCGUUCUUGUAGUGGCAAUUCUAGCUUUUUCUUAAUUCCUUUAGGCCAGAGAAAAGGGGUUUUUUCUUUCAACACAACGUACACGGGGAUCAAUGUCAUUUUCCUUUCUUUUCCAAUUCAUGAAGAUAGUAAAGCAUUCUUCUCAUUUCUAUGAAUUUUCCAAACAAAAUUACUAGUAGUUAUUCAAACUCUCGUUCUCUUUCUAGGUGCUUUCUUAAGAAAUUUGAUAGCAUGAAUUAUAUUGUUUUGUUUAGUUUAGUCAAGCUUUAGUUGACGCCAUUCCUGAAGCUAAUUUACUCUUCCCUAGAAAGCCAUUGGCCUCCUCCGAGCAAUGACCAUGAAUGGGAAUACCUGUAGCUACUUUCUGAUCAUACUUCGGAUUCUACUGAUCAUUCCAUCAUCACUUUUGAUCAACGCUGAAAUCAUAAACUACCCAUCAUAUGUCAAUGCCCCGAAUUCCUGGAGAAACAACCUCUCAUAUGACUUCAAUUUCUGGGAGGUAGCCGGUGUGAAGCCGAUCCUUGUCAAUGGGAUGUUUGUCUGUGGCUUUCACUGCAGCUUGGUGGGUGAGAGUUGCCUAUUUGCUGUUUCCAUCUUCAACAACAGUUUUGGUGAUAAUAACUCCAGCUUUUCUCCGAAAGUGGUGUGGUCCGCUAAUCGAAACAAUCCAGUUAAGUAUCAGGCACUAUUGCAGCUCACUCCAGAAGGUGGUCUUAUCUUGAAAGAUGGAGAUGGUGAUGUGGUUUGGUCCCCAAACACAUUAGGUAAUUCUGUUUCAAGGUUAAAAUUAAGUGCAGACGGAAACCUCAUGCUGUUUGACAAAACCAACAAGAUAGUUUGGCAGUCAUUUGACUACCCAACAGACUCUUUAGUUCUUGGUCAAACGCUAGUGUCUGGGCAGAAGUUGAGGGCAAGUGUAUCGCCAUUCAAUUCAAGUGAAGGUUUAUAUGCAUUUGCAAUCAUUGAUGGUCUAUUGACUGCUUACAUGGAUGUAUAUCCUUCCCAAAUCUAUUACAGAACACUUUUCUUGGAAGAAAACAUUUCAAGGCAUUCUUAUGUUAAAUACAACCGGUCUUCUAUGGUUAGGAGUCUCCACCUGCCAGACUCGGCUAAUUUUAUACAGUUGGGAAGUGACGGCCACUUGAGGGCAUAUGAGUGGAGAGAAUCGACAUGGGUGGUGGUUGAUCUAUUCGGAAUUAAUCGAUGUAGUUAUCCAUUGGCAUGUGGAAAAUAUGGCGUUUGUUUAGAAGUGGGAUGCGAUUGCCCUGAAGCUGCAACUCAAAGCCAAAUAACUUAUUUCAAGCCAAUAAAUUAUAAUAGACGGGAUCUUGGGUGUUCUGCAACUUUACCAAUUUCUUGUGAGCUUUCUGUUCAUCAGAGUCUUCUCGAACUCCAGGGCAUCUAUGAGAAUGAUUCAUUUCUUUUCACCAGUAAUGAUAACAACAAGAGUAUAGAAGAUUGUAAGGAAGUUUGUUUAAAGAACUGUUCUUGCAAAGCUGUGAUACAGAUAGAUGGUUACUGCCAUUUUCUAUCUGAAGUAUUGUCCCUCAAGACGUAUAAAUCUAGUUUUUAUGAUUCUUACAACACCUCUGUUUUUAUAAAGGUGCAGAAUUUUCCAAGUGCAGAGAAUCCUAAAAAGAAUCCUUUAUCACAGAAGUUCUCUCAAAGGAAAAGGCAGGAUAUGGCAGUUAUUCUGGGUUCAACUCUUGGAGGUAUCUCUGGUGUGUUGCUUAUAUGCACUUUCUGUUUUCUACGAAUUAAGAAAGGGCUCAAAGAGGUUGAGGAGGAUUAUCUGGACGACAUAUCGGGAAUGCCAACUAGAUUUUCUUUUGAAGAGUUGAAGAGUGUCACGAAGAAUUUUAGCAACAAGCUCGGUGAAGGAGGAUUUGGGUCUGUUUUUCAAGGAACAUUACCUUCGGGUUCUGAAGUUGCAGUGAAGUAUCUUGAUGGCUGUGGUCCCGUCAAGAAAUCUUUCAUAGCAGAAGUUCAGACUAUAGGAAACAUUCACCAUUUCAAUUUGGUAAGUUUGGUUGGAUUUUGUGCUGAAAAAUUUACCAGGCUUUUAGUCUACGAGUACAUGUGUAAAGGGUCACUGGAUCAAUGGAUCUUCCACAAAAAUCAAGAGCUUGCUCUUGGUUGGGAAACUAGAAAGAAAAUCAUUUUAGAUAUAGCCAAGGGACUAGCUUAUCUUCAUGAAGACUGCAACCAAAAGAUAAUCCACUUAGACAUCAAACCACAAAACAUCCUUUUAGAUGAGAAUUUCAAUGCCAAAGUUUCCGAUUUUGGAUUAUCUAAGCUAAUUGGAAGAGACCAAAGCCAAGUCAUAACAACCAUGAGGGGAACCCCUGGCUAUAUGGCUCCUGAAUGGUUAAGCUCUGUCAUCACUGAGAAAGCAGAUGUUUAUAGCUUUGGUAUUGUGGUCCUAGAGAUUCUGUGUGGGCGAAAAAAUGUGGAUGGAUCUCUACAGGAGGAAGAUAGGCAUUUACUGAGGCUUUUUAGGAGAAAGCAAGAAGAAGGGCAACUUGUGGAUCUAAUCGAUAAGUGCAGCGAAGAUAUGCAGGCAAAUGCAGCCGAAGUCAUGGAGAUGAUGAAGGUUGCUACAUGGUGUUUACAAAAUGAACAUGUCAGGAGGCCUUCCAUGUCCACAGUGGUGAAGAUUUUUGAGGGUUCAGUUGAUUUUGUUGGUACCUUGAACGAAAAUUUUCUAAAUGAAUUGACAGUACCUGAAGCUGUGGAGUCUGUUGCUUCAACAACUUUACCCUCUAUCUUAUCAGGGCCAAGGUGAAGAUCAUGGAGAUCUUCGAUAUAAUUCAUGAAGAUGGGGAUGUAAGCCAAGGUAUGUUCCCAAGAUCCUAUCCUAUCCUAUUUGUUGUUGAAGUGUAGAAUUAUUCCUCUAUCGAAGCUUGUUUUGUUUCAUGCAUUAUAUUCAUCCCAAAUUUUGGGUCCCAAGCAGAGUUGUUUAGUUCGUAUGAUCGUAUCAAGAAGAAAGUUCAAGUUUCAAGUUUGUUUUAUGAAGAGUUCAAAUUUC